GUCGCGUUUGGGACGGGAGACGCGCUGCUGCGAACAGGUGUGACUGCGAGGGGGCCGGACAGCGAAAUCGGAAGACUUGCACGGAGGAGGCACAAUAAUUCGCUGGUACAGGCUGCUGAGUGAAGAAAACGAGAAGAAGAAGAAAAUAAGAAAGGAGAGGAAAGCAUGUCUUCGAGGAAGGCGACUGUGGAUUUGAUAAGGAGUAGCCCGAGCGCUGAGGGAGAGAUGUUCAGUGAAUUUCAGGAGUGGUGCCUCCGGACUUACGGGGACUCAGGAAAGACAAAGACCGUCACCCGUCGGAAAUACAACAAAAUCCUGCAAACACUUCUGCAGAGUGACGAGUGCGGCUUCAUUGAGAACAGCCUCAUCAACGCCAAAUUUAAAUUCUGGGUGAAAUCCAAAGGUUUCCAGGUGGGCAGCAGCUCUCGAGCGGACCAUAAGAAAGGCGCAGCUGGCAAGCCGGUGCUCUAUGUCCCAGUCAAGGCAACGGGUACAGAUGGUGGCCAAACACAAGAGAGCAUCUCAUUGAAGCGUGUUGCAGUGGUAGAGGACUUCUUUGACAUCAUCUACUCCAUGCACGUUGAAACAAGCUUUGAUCCCAGCAAAGCACCUAAGCAUGCUGGCCAGAAGAAGACUUAUAAAGCGAUUGCUGAGACAUAUGCAUUUCUGCCAAGGGAAGCAGUAACGCGCUUCUUGAUGAGCUGCCAUGAGUGUCAGAAGAGGAUGCACAUCAACCCCAGUGGAGCAGACUCCAAAGAAAAUGACCACCCGGCCACAUUGGUUCCAGGCUUGAUCGACUACAAUAUGCCAAUAACCGCUACCUACCUGAAGCACAUGAAACUCUCCUACAUAGGCUCAAAUGAUCAUGAUGACAGUUCAGUAAGCAGUGAAGACUUUGAUAUGACUGACCCCAUAUGGAUAUCAGCUGAUCACGGUGCUGCAUCCGACUUGAGCCCUAGUCACGGAGAGAGAAUGCACAGCCCCCAGAACGCACAUAAAGAGGAAGACGAUGAUUCAUCAUCUGAAAGUGGCAGUGGGAAUGGCCUUCUUGCUUUGACCACAUCAGCUCCUGUUACUACUCCUGAUGAUGGCAACUACACAGAGGUGAAUGGAAAUGGAACUGUAGCACCUCUAGAUUUUAGCACCACCUCUUCAUCCUCAUCUUCGGAGGACCAACCUGUCAAUCUCAGCGAAAGGCUUCAGCCUAGCCACCUUCCUUCUCCAUUCCAAACAGAUGCUCCAGACGGUCUCCGCAGUCGCACCAAGUAUGCAGCAAAGCCAACCACAGAGCUCAGACUAGACAGAGAAAUGAGGGAGUACAGUAGCAAGUCUCCACCAUACAGCUCAGGGAGUUAUGAUUCUAUCAAGACCGAGGUCAGCCUGUGUCCAGAGGACCUGUCAGUAAGUCGGGCACCCACAGCAGAUGACGACGAUGAUGAGCACGACGAUCACGAGGACAACGACAAAAUUAACGACUCGGAAGGAAUGGACCCUGAGAGGCUGAAAGCGUUCAAUAUGUUUGUCCGCCUGUUUGUCGAUGAGAACCUUGACCGCAUGGUGCCCAUUUCCAAGCAGCCAAAAGAGAAGAUCCAAGCCAUUAUUGAGUCAUGCAGCCGGCAGUUUCCUGAGUUUCAAGAGCGCGCCCGCAAGCGCAUCCGCACAUACCUUAAAUCUUGUAGGAGAAUGAAGAAGAAUGGCAUGGAGACUCGUCCUACACCUCCCCAUUUAACCUCAGCCAUGGCAGAGAACAUUCUAGCAGCUGCCUGUGAAAGUGAAACCCGCAAGGCGGCAAAGAGGAUGCGAAUGGAUAUGUACCCAUCAUCACAUGAUGACCAGAAUAUGUUAGAAAAGCAAAGUGCACGGGAAUCCUCUUCUCUUGCGCACACUGCCUAUUCGCUGCCAGCUUCAGCCUAUCCACAAGAUCAGAUCUAUAUCAAUGGAGGCCUAAACUACAAUUACCGCGGAUAUGGGGGCCUGGGAGCCAGCCUGCAACACCCAGUGUCAUUAACAACUGGGACAUCUCAGAGUAAUGGUCCCACAGACCUCAGCAUGAAGUCGAUGGCUUCAAACUCUUCCUCCACCAGCACUAACAGCAGGGGUGUCCCUGCAGCACAGCUUAGUCCCACAGAAAUCAACGCAGUACGGCAGCUCAUCGCAGGGUACAGGGAGUCUGCGGCCUUUCUUCUACGUUCUGCCGACGAACUGGAAAACCUCAUUUUACAACAGAACUGAACGUCCCCUCAGCCCUUAAAAAAGCUAGGAAGUGAAUAUGAAAGAAAUGACUGGACCCCCCGUCCCCUGUCCCCACACACCUCCAAUUUCCUCUCCCCCGAAAUUUGCAUCCUCCUCCCUUAUGAUUAUGAUUUUUUUGCCUCGUUUUUCUUUGCCGAUUUAAGCACUGUUAGGGGCGGCCAACGCUUGGAGUGGGGAGAUGUGCCAUCACAGACAUCUUGAUGAAUGAUUAAUGGCGAAAGCAGAGUGUUUGCUGCCAUCCAGAAGCACUUGAAUUGAUUUCAGGCUUCCCUGUGAUGCUGCUGAUUUUUUUGUUAUUCAGAUUUAACAAGCAAAAGUGUAAAAAGCGCCGAGUGACCUCAGCACCGGACUGUUUCCAUGUUUAAAGGCUGUCUGUCGUUCUGCAACAUGCAGGAAGUUUUCAACUUCUCAAUAGAAAGAAACUUCAGGCGGAGUGUCGGUUUGGCCUCGACUGGCCGAAUCGAUGAGACGUCUCCGAGAAGCCAGCGGUGUUCCAAAUGUAGUUUUAACUGAGUUGUGUGUUUGUUUUCCCCCUAAGUCCCCAUUUAAUACCACCAGGCACUUUGAUGAAGUCCAAGGCAGAUGCUAAUCUCGUGUAAAUAUGGAUGCGUGCAGCACUUUUCACGAUCUUAACUACUGAAGGUAGCCAACAAGUGCAGACAAAAGCUUUGAUUUCAGCUCUCGCAAUCUCACUUAUGUUGGACUGUGUUAUCAGCCGCAAGCAAAAUGUGUUUUAGUUUGAUAGAGUGGAAAAAAAAAAAAGAUUUUUAAUGUUGCUAAAGUUGUUUUUGAGCGGUAGAAAUGAUACAUUUAAAAAAGCUAUUUAAAAUACAAUCAUUUGUAAAUCUUUUGAAUCUCUUAGGGCAAAGACAAAAUAUUGAAGAAUUUUGAUAUUAACUUUUGAAGCAUUUUUUCGUAUUUUCCUUUUUAACAAUAUUGUUAUGGCAGAGAUUCCAAGGCUUUGCUGCCUUCCUUCUCUCCAGCUUGUAUCGAUUCGUCUUUUGAACCGUGACAGCUUGAUUGACCCCCGGCUUUUUCCAGUGUUGUUCAGCCUUUUUUCCCCCCACUACACUUUGGUGGCGGAGGAGGUGGAAGGAGACUGAUUCCUGCAUAGAUAUGUACACUUCUCUUUACAGAGGUACUACAGAGUUAAAAGUCAAACUACAUGGGGGUCCGGUUUGAACACUUGUGCUGCCGGUGAGUUGCUAGUGUGUUGGACAUUUGACGGAUGAAAGAGAAUUUCCUCUGACUUGUUUAAUGAUGGCCAUUAACCCAUUUGCUGCUAUGGACCCAAUUUUUUGCCACAGAAGUGUAACCUCAAUCCUUCAACGACAACAAGAGGACCUCAGUGACACUGCUUUCUGUCUUCGCAAAAAAAGAAAAAAAAGGAUCCCAAACUAGUUAUCUGCACUGGGUUUGUACUGUUUGAACUUGCAGUUGAAUGUUGGACCUCCAGAACACAGGGACCAAGAGCUCAGACGCUCAGCGCUGACCGACAGCAGUGGCCAAACUUCCAGACUGGUUGUGCUGUUUCAAGGACUCUGCUUUUUUCCUUCAAGCUGCUAAACUGCUUAACUUUCCUUUCCGUGUAGAAGAACAGGAAUAAAACCCAAAAUAAUACUCCCAUUUCCAAGGUGCAAUAUUUUGAAAGCUGCAGUGCAGGCCUUUUUUGAUUUGCUCAGCUUUUAUGGUUAGCUUGUUGUUUUGGGUAUUCAAAGCUCCACUUGCCUGUUGCUGCUAGAAUCACCAGUUCUCCUCACUAGCCGGACCCCUGCGUCUUUGAAGGGGGUGUAGCCCAGAGAUUGAUGAGGGCGUCCUGACUGCGCUCACACGUGUGCGACUACGUUUCGAGUCAGCCAUGCUGCACCUGGAUGCACUACUGGUUUAUGUCUGAGAACUUCCUUGGGUUACUGGUUUUGGCUGCGAGUACCUCCUGUGACUUGUGCAAUAGAACGGUCCCAGCUAGCCGAGGCGAGAGGGAACCGACCACUUGCAGAACGUGGGGCUACUUUGACCGUUGAUACUCUGCACUGGCCUGCUUCCAAUGCAUGUCCGUCCACACAGUCAAAUUAGAGUUCGGUCCUGGGAGGAUAGACACAAAGCCAGUGCGCAGCCCGGCCUAGCUUAUAAUCGGACAUCGUGCUGGGAGGGGGUGGCCACUUCUUCGUGCAAGUGCACCUUGAGUGCCGAUGGCAAACGAACUAGCGAACAGAUUUGAACGUUCAGGGACGUUGUGCAGAUUUUCAGGUUGCCAUAUUUGGCUACUUGUUUGCCAAAAAAAAAAA